AUGUCUCCCGGAAUGACCCUGUUCUCCGUCCAGGCCAUCCUCGUUCUCGGCACCGAGGAUGGCGCCCGGAUAUUCGCAAAGUACUUCUCGCCGCCUCACACGGCGCCCAAUGCUUCCGCGAGCGCAUCCGCCAGCCCCUACUCCGAUAUCAAGUCCCAGAAGGCUUUCGAGAAGGGCCUCCUUGAGAAGACGGCCAAGCAGACCGGCGACAUCAUCCUUUACGACAACAGAAUCGUGCUGUACAAGAUGGAAUCGGACGUCAUGAUGUACGUUGUGGGCAGUGUCGACGAGAACGAGAUCCUGCUCUACAACACCAUCCUUGCGCUGCGAGACUCGCUCCACUUGCUCUUUAAGCAAUCCGUGGACAAGCGUACCAUCGUCGAGAACUACGACCUCGUGUCACUCGCUAUCGACGAGAUCGUCGACGACGGCAUCAUCCUCGAGACCGACCCCACCAUCAUCGUCCAGCGUGUCAGCCGAGCCCCCACUCAGGACGUCCCCGUCGGUCGCAUCGACCUCAGCGAACAGGGAGUCAACAACCUGGCGCAACUCGGAAAGUCCAAGCUGGCGGACUGGCUCCGACAAGGACUGUGA